CCCCCGGUGUAGAAAGAUUGUUUUCUGACAUCCAGAUUACCCUGGGCUGCCACGUCGGUAUCCUUAAAUUGAUAAAAUUGUUCAUGGGCAUUUGCGUCUUAAUAUUAGAUUCUCUGCGCCACAUAAGAGAGCGUAAGAAUUAGGGUUUUUUCCGUCGUAUCGUCUUGCGGCGAGAGAAGGGCUUGGCUGCUAGGGUAGAGGGCAGGGUUUCCAUCAUCUCAUCUCAGAUCGAAUGGGGGUGUUCACGUUCGUGUGCAGGAGCUCCGGCGACGAGUGGAGCGCGAAGCAGCUCUCCGGCGACCUCGAGGCGUCGGCGUUCUCGACCUACGAUCUUCAGCGGAAGCUGGUCCAGGCCGCGCUCGCCACCGACUCCUCCGGCGGGGUCAACUCCUCCUUCUCCAUGGUCACCCCCUCUUCUGCCGUCUUCCAGGUGAUAAUUGGUGGAGGUGGUGGUGGGGCAUUCAUUGGUGGUGCAGCUGCAGGUGGUGCAGCAGCAGGUUCUGCCGCUGGUGGUGCUGCUCCUGAGGCACCUCCCGCUGAGGAGAAGAAGGAAGAGAAAGAAGAAAGUGAUGAGGACAUGGGAUUCUCCCUCUUUGAUUAGAUUGCUUUCAGGACAACAAUAUGAGUCUGCAGUUUUGGUUUGCUUUAGACAUUAUGUUAUUGGAAUGAUCUUCGUAUGAAGAAAUUAAACGAACAUGGUGUGAUUAGGACCAGCAGAUCCCUGUUUUAAGAAUGCUUGUUCACCACAUGGUUUCUAGCUCUUUUUCUCUG